ACAAGAGAUGGACGUGGAGAACGAAGCGGAGAGCCUCCUGGUACCAGAGGAAGGCUCCGGACCCGAGACUCGGCUGGACGUUUGCCCCGUGUGCGGGUUGAACUUGCGCAGCCGAGGCGCCAAACUUCUCCCGUGUCUGCACUCCAUCUGCCACCGAUGUUCACCCGCUGCGACCCGGAAUCUGGCGCCGACCUGCGGCGGCAAAGCACUGAUCCGCUGCCCGGUGUGCCGGCGGGAGUGCGGGGAAGCGGACGUGAUGGAGAACUUGUUUGUGAAGGACGCGGUGGAGUCACCGAGCAGCACCGUGGACGGAACCACGCAACUGUGCAUGACCUGCGACGACCACUCGGAGGCGUCCUCUUUCUGCGUCAACUGUUCUGAGUACCUGUGCGGCGCGUGUGUGGAAGCACACCGACGAGUCAAAUUCACCCGAGACCACAAGCUCAGGCCCAAGUCAGACGCCGCCGCUGCAGAGGUUUCCAGCCAGAGACCCAUGUUCUGUGACAGCCACAGGCAGGAGGCGCUGAAGCUCUACUGCGAGACCUGCGACCUGCUAACGUGCCGCGACUGCCAGCUGCUGCAGCACAAAGACCACAGGUACCAGUUCCUGGCCGACGCUGUUCAAAGCCUCCGGCAGCAUCUGGAGAGCAUGACUCAGCAGCUGCAGGAGAAACAAAGACUCAUCGAGGAGGUCUCACGCUCCGUCCAAGAACGGCUCCAGCGGGUCAGUCAGAACCGGUCAUCAGUCCGGAAACACAUCACAGCAUCCGUCUGCAGCUUAGUAGAACAGAUCAACAGGAAGGAGAAGCAGAUGAUCCACCAACUGGAGGCCGUGACGCAGGAGCAGGAGAGCGUCUUGUGCAAACAGCAGGAGGACGUCGCUGAUCUCUCCAGGCGGCUGCAUCACGUCCUGAAGUUUGCCAUGUGGGCCACGUCGAGGAACGGAACCGUGGCGCUGUUGCACUGCAAGCGCAUGAUUAUGUUCCAGAUUGAAAACCUGCUUGAAGCUAAAUGCAGUACCACUUUCACACCACUGGGCGGGGUGCGGUUCCAGUGCCGCUCUUCUUAUUGGGCCUCUGGUGUUGAUCUGGGCUCUUUAGUGGUGGAGCACCAACGUGAUCCUGGAGUCCCUGCACCACAGUCUGGUCUCACUCCCUCCAGCUCGCCUCUCAGCUUCACCUCAAGAACAUCCCAUAAUACUCUGGCUCAGCUGCAGAUGCAGGUGGAAAAGAUCGACCCCAACUGGCCCCCGCCGGCUCCCUGGUGCCAGAGCGUCCGGCUCCCGAGGACAGCACCCACUCAGUCCAGGCGGCAGCCGCCCACCAGCCACUUGGCGACCAGCCUGCCAGGGUCCGGCCGGACUCCCCAGAUAUCAGGCAAACUAAGUGGUGCCCUGAGUCUCCAACCCCCCACUCCACAGAGAGAAGAUCUAGGGAUCCAGGUUCCUCCUGGCUCUCAGGAUGAAAACAAAGAGGAGAAACCCAGCCUGCUGGAAAUGGUCCCUCUGGGAUCAUCUGUCCGGAAAAGACGGCGCUCAUCCCCUGGACCUGACGUGGCCAUUAAAAAGGAGCCAAACUGUGACCACAGUGAAGUGAAACCUGACCUUUAAAUGAAGGUCCGUGCUGGUGCGUCUCUACUGAAACAUUUGGCAGCAUCGCUUUCCUUAGCUGGUGUUGUGUCGAGGGGGCAGCAGCGAAAACGACAAGGCCCAGACGUCCCUCUCCCGUGAGCCUCCAGGGGGAGCUCAAGGGCAACACUUGAGACUUGCUAUAGCUUUGCUAUCCAGGACAUGAUGGCUUUGCAAGACCAGAAACAGAAGAAUGUUUGAUGAGGUGCUGAGACACUCCAGCAAAAGAAGUACUAGAAUCUCCUCUUGUUUUCCCGUGACCUGAGUUCGGCCCCCGGAGAGCCGGCGAGCCCCUCGGGAGGCGCCAAGAGCGAGUCGACCAGGAAAGGAGUCGACGAGUCCCGAGUCAAAGUGAUCGUGAGAAAGCAGUCAACGUCUCUACGAUGGGAGGAAACCUUGAGGAGCAACUUCCCUCUCCUUAGACAGAGCGUUUUCGGAGACAGUGCAGGGAAAGAUCGAUAAAACAGUGAGGAAUGUGUUCUUCUAUGGAUCGCACUUUGAUGCAUCAGUAAUGUUUCUGGAUUGAAUGAUUGAAUUGAGUCUAUAUUG